UAAAGAUCAAAAUAGUAAAAAUCAAUAUAGUAAAGAUCAAUAUAGUAAAAAUCAAUAUAGUGAAGAUCAAUAUAAUAAAAAUCAAAAUAUAGAAGACCAAUAUAUUGAAACUCAAAAUAUU